GGGAGCUCUUGCUCAUUUGGCUAGAGGAGUUGAAAGAGAGCGCAGCGACUGUCUUUCGACGAUGGCUCGCAUCUUCCUUCUUGCCCUCCUGGGGCAAUUUUGCUUCCUUCCCUACUUGGACGCUAUUACAAGUUCUCCCAAAGUUCAGGUUUAUUCCCGCCACCCAACGGACAGUGUCAAAAAGAACUACAUUAACUGCUAUGUGUCAGGAUUCCACCCACCCCAGAUCACCAUUGACCUGUUAAAAAAUGGGCAAAAGAUUGAAAAUGUGGAGACAUCUGACCUGUCCUUCAGCAACGACUGGACUUUCCAUCGCCUCGUCUCUGCUCCUUUCGAUCCGCACGAUAAAAGUGAAUAUGCCUGUAGAGUUACCCAUUCAACCCUCCGUGAGCCUAAAGAGGUUAAAUGGGACCCAGAAAACAACUAACGUACGUAACGAAGGGCUUCAAGAAAUCUGGCCUGAAAUGGAAGGAUUUUAAAUAUGCCUCUCUUUUCCUGAAAUUAUGCUUAAAUAGGAUUUGGCUUUAAUUUAGCUAAAUUUAAUUUGAGUAGGUAUGGAAAUGCUAACAGUCUUCUUUAAAGUUUCACUUUGCUUAUCUUCUAUGCAUUGUAUCAUGUAGGCAUUUAGACAUUGUAAGGAAUAUACACCUUUGAGAGAAGGGGGAAAUGAAUCUUGGGAGAUUCAGUAUUUGUUCCCUUUGUCAGUCCUAGAUUAUUCAGUUACUUCAUGCAGAAUGAUUAAUUAACUACAUUAUAUUCUAUAAGCAUCUGAAACUGGCUGAUAAACUCCUUGAUACUCAGAAUCUCGAACUCUUGACUGCUUCUGUGUUUAGAAUUUUAUAGGAUAAUUUGAAUAUAAUGUUAUCAGUAUCACUGGGGGCUUUUUAACAGAUAAUAGAGUAUGACCUUCACUCCUAGUGUAACUGCCAGAUCCCAGCUCAAUCAGUAACCCUACAAGCAUUUACUAAGGACCAGAGUUCUGAAAUGGCCAAAACAUUCAGUAUGUGCCCAUCCCUGGAGGUGUCCUGAACCUUGCCUCUGUCAAAAAGUCAGUAAGAAAAAGCAUAGUGGCAGCAAUUUUUGUAUUAACUGUUAAUAGCAUCUAAAAAGGAAACCCCUAAAAUCUGCUUACCUAAAUUUUGCUGUUACCUAAAAUUUGCAUGUUUCGAUGAAUAAAACAAUUGUGAAACUGGG